AUGGUGUGCCGGCACUGCAACGUGGAGGGCUGCCUGCACUGCGUCUCCGCGAAGCCGGGCCAGGAAGGCGAGAAGUUGGAGCACUGCAAGCAGUGCAUGCCGGGGUAUUCGCUGACGGAGGAGGGGGAGUGCGAGAUGCGCGGCCUGGGCUUCUUCAUCGCGGUGGGCGUGGUGGUGGUGGUGGCCACCGUGCUCGUCAUUAUUUGGUAUGCCAUUGUGGUCUCCAAGCCUUGCGUGAACCCGGAAGGUGUGGAGUACGGGCUCCAGUGUCGGGAGCGAAUGCGCCUGUCUGUGCCGGGCUCCAGUGAGGCCUAUCCACUGACCACGAACCUGCUGAGCACCAACGUGGCGGGCCCCGGGACCAUGGCGCUCUUUCGCUAUCAGUUCGCCCUGUUGGUCUGGGCCUCCACACUGCUGCUGGUGUGGUUUGGCUUCGUGGUCUUUGUGAGUUCGGAUCUGUUGAUCUUGGGCAACCGCGCAGCCGAGAGCCCGCAGAUGCUUUGUGCCAUCAUCGAAUGGGGCCACCACAGACAGAUGGAGCUGGUUUGGACCAAGGCUUGGUUCGAACAUGAAUUCGCCCGUCUCUGA